GUUACUCAAGAGGAAAGCACAGCUGGUGACUGACGGUUGUAUCAGUGACUUCAUGCUGCCGCGAGGGGGCGCAUGCGCGCAGCGAUCGAACACAGUUAAAGACAAAGCUUGAACCUCAACCGAUAACUCAUCUCCUUUACCAGAGGUCGUGAACAGGUAACUGACGCAUCGCUGCGCUGGAUUUAAUGGAAGUCUGUUUGAAAAUGUACGUUGAUCUUUACCUGGAGGACAUAUCUUAACUUUUGACCUACUGGAAGAUACCUCAGAGCGUUUGAUCGUUUGAGUCAUACAUGAAGAUACAGAUGACCUCAAGAUGUGAUACAUAGGCUAUUAGAUAAAGAAGAGGAUCUUAUUUGCUUUUGUUGUCAUCCAUAUUGUCUGUGGAGGUAAAAGUGAAUUGUGUAUUUAAUACUGUGUGGAAGAAGAGAUGCAUUGGCUUUGAGUUAUUGAAACGACAAAGGAAAGAACAAUGAAUUUGAGAUCAUCUGCUUUUUUUCCAUCAUGGCUUUCAAGCCUUUAUGUGCAUGAAUGGAAACUUUGGUACCUGAAAAGUACUGUAAAAAAUUCAAACUGUUACCAUGUAGUUUAGUUAUGAUGUAGCUCUUUCGUAGUUUACCCACUCAACAUCACGGGAAAACCACUAUGAAUCUGACCCCAACCCAGUUCUACGACCUUCCCAGGGCAUUGGACCUUCAACGUGAACCUCAAAACAAGAGCAGGUCGGCUCCAGCCAGCUUCUUCAACAGUUCAUUCUUCUUCCAGGAUAAUGCUGCCUUAGAAUGGCAGCUGUUCCUCACCAUCCGAGAGCCUGGCACCAUUAUAUUAACUGUCCUUUACUCUAUUUCCUUCCUUGUGGGAUUCUUUGGAAAUGUCAUGUCCCUCAAAGUCCUACUCGGCCAGCAUGGAAGCGUGCGUCUGUCAGGUGCGAGCGCCACCCGCUGCCUGCUGAUAAACUUAGCGGUGUGCGACCUGGCAGUGGUUUGCGUGUGCAUGCCCGUCACCCUGGGCCACCGCAUCUACACGCCAUGGGUGUACGGGGACUUCCUGUGUCGCGCAGUGCCAUUCACGCAAGCGGUGUCUGUUUCCGCCAGCGUCCUGAGCAUCACUGUCAUCAGCAUCAGCCGGUACUAUGCUGUUCACUCGCCGCUUCAGUCCCGGGCCUACUUCACUCGUCGACGCAUCCUCGCCUCUGUCGCAAUCGUGUGGCUUAUCUCCUCAGUGAUCUGCAUGCCAGUUGCAAUAGUUACCAGGCGUGAUGAAGUAGCUUUGAUUGAAGGGCUAGCCAUCGUGCUGCCUGUCUGUGGAGAGGUGUGGCCUCAGCCACGCUUGCGACAGGCCUACAACGUCCUGCUGUUCAGCGCACUCUACUGCCUACCCGUUGCGUUUAAUCUCACUCUGGCCUUCCUCACAUGUCGCCGACUGCGCAGCACUGGCUCUGAGGGUCGGUUCACAGAGCUGGACCCUCGUUCUCAGGCGCUGCAUGAAACGAGGUUGCAAGGGCGCAGGCAGAUCGCACGUAUGGUCGCAGCUUUGGUGCUGCUCUUUGCUCUGUCAUGGUUGCCUAUGUAUGUGACUGAUAUUUGGCUGGACCGUGAGCUGCGCCAUCCACCGGGCUGGCUCCUUCAGACCAGGCCCUUUGCACAAUGGUUAGGCCUCACCAACUCUUCUCUCAACCCCUUUUGCUACUGCUUCAUUGGUGACCUCCACCGCUCAGCCAAGGCUUUGCGUUUACGCCUCUGUGGCCCGUCCCCAGCCUCAGCGCUGGCUCUGGCCUCCCUCCCAAAAAUAUUCAAUCUACAGAAUCAAGACAAAUCUCCAGGGGAUGCUGCUGACAACUCAAAUAACUCCUGUGGGGAGGACGCUGGGAAUCUGAAUCUGUCGAUAUGGUGGACUCAAUCUCGCACGUGUGAGUCAAUGAGCUUACCUUACCACUUAGGAAUGACUGAAGCGAUUGCACUGGAUACAUAGCAGACCUGAUGCACUGCUAUGGACAUUUGCUCUCAGAUGUGUUGUGCUUUGUGUUUUGUGCUUUUAUAAACGCUUCAUUCCAAACCUGUUUGACUUUAUUUCUUUUGUGGAACACAAAAGAUGGUAUUUUUUUUAACUGUUUUUGUCCAUAUAAUGAAAUUGAAUAGGGUCCAUACAAAAUUGGACCCUAUUGACUUUCAUUAUAUGGACAAAAAAUGCACAUUUCAGAAUAUCUUCUUUUGCGUUCUACAGAAAAAACAAAGUUAUACCGGUUUGGGCGAUGCCAACGACAUGAGGGUGAGUAAAUUAUGACUAAGUUUUUAAUUUCAGAUGAAACAUCUUUUCAUGUUUUGAAAAAUAGCUUUCAAGGUUUGAGUAAAAAAUGGCAAACAAUUAUUUCAUGGAAUAUUCUCAAGUGGGAAUGGGACAGUUCAUAUGUGAGCAUUUUAAACUCCAAACAUUAAUUGUUUAACUGCAUAAUGAUGAAACACUUCAUAUUCCAGUUGGAGUAGAUGUAACUUUCUUAGCCAUGUUUAGAUCUGCUGUAAAUGUACUAAUAAUAUGUAAUAAAUAUCUUGCCAUUGAAACUUAUUAGGGUCAAUGUAAGAAAUCCAUAUCGUAAACGAAUAAAGUGGUUCAAUGCAUAAUGUAUAAAGUCAUGCUGCUGAGUUUUGCCUAGAUCAUUGUCUUAAAAUAAACCAAACGUCAUUAAAUGCUGCUCCUAUACGUCUAGCAGGGCAGUUUAAUUAAAAUGAUCAUCUGAGUGAAACCGAGACAUACAUACGCACUCACACCUACAAUCUCUGGUGAAGAAACACAUGGAAACGUCUUUCUGUGAACACAUUCACGGCUUCUCGCCUUUUCUACUAAAUGUGGAAACC